UUGGGUGGUCAAUCUUUUAAUUUGGUCUUUGUUUAUUGCAUGGCUCAGUCCGUAGUCGUCUAUAAUCACUCCAUUAAAAGAAACCCACAUGUCCCUUCAUGUCGUGAUAAACUUUAUUUUUCUUUAAAUUAUAAAAGAAGAAAAGAAAAAAAAAAAAAAGAAUCGGAAGAAGAAGAAAGAAAGCUAUUGUCCGUCUGUCCCUUACCUUCCCUACAUUAUAAAAUCACUAUUUUCAUUUCUUUUUCUGAGGGACAUCAUUGACUUCUUUCUUAGCUUCUAAUUGUGCUUAGACUUAACUGCGGAUUACUCUGGCAUGUGUACAGACGAUUGUCAACCAUUGAUACAGUGAGACAAUGCAUGAGACUAUUACAACAAUAAAACUGGACAUGAAAAAGACUUGCACAUGUGGGACGUCGAUCACAGUAAACUUUUUGUCCAAAUUAUAUCUUCAAAUUACCUUUUUUGAGUUACAACGAUAUUCUAUUCUAAAGGAAGUUUGGAACCCAGAGCAGCUGGGUGAUAAGGGGGAGGGCAAACUACUAGGCCACACUCCACGUCCUUUAUAUCUUCAAAUUAAGUGAUUGUGAAAAAAGACUUAUUCUGGUUCACGCACACGACUGGCGUUAGUGCAUUAUAUUCCAACCUAGUGGGAGGUGCAACAAUGCAGUCAUACAUCAAAGCCAUCACAAUUUAACAACUUUAAUGCGAAGGAAAAUAAGGAGACCAAAAAAGGCGCCAAAUAACAACGGCAGAGAUCAAUACAGAAGGAAUAUAAAAAAACUCUCCGUCUAUAACUUGAUCAAACACAGUCCCUUAAUUACAUUCCUAAAACCUCUCUCUCACUCUCUCUCUCUCUCUCUCUCUGCCAUUUCUAAAAAGCUCUGAUUUUCGUUGUGUGUGUAAAUUAUUAAUUCAUCAAGAUAGAUGGGGAAUUAUAGGAUGUGCUUAUGCUUCACAAGGAAGUUCAGGGUGACGGAGGCAGAGCCGCCGUCCGACGUCAAGGAGGCAUUCAACAAGUACACCGAGGACGCGACCCACAUGACAGCCGAACAGCUGCGGCAUUUCUUGGUGGAGCUUCAGGCGGAGGGCGGUGGCACGUCCGCGUUCGAAGCCGAGCGGAUCUUGGAGCAGGUACUGCAGAAGAGGCACAACAUUGCCAAGUUGAUCAGCAGGCGCACUCUUCUCACCCUCGACGACUUUCACCAUUACUUGUUCUCUCCCGAUCUCAACCCACCUAUUCGAGCUCAGGUAGUUCAUCAGGAUAUGACAGCUCCACUGUCCCAUUACUACAUAUACACAGGUCAUAAUUCAUACCUGACCGGAAAUCAGCUCAGCAGCGACUGCAGUGUUGUUCCAAUCAUAGAGGCACUCAAGAGAGGUGUAAGAGUGGUGGAGCUUGAUAUUUGGCCAAAUUCCGCACAGGACAAUGUGCAUGUUCUUCAUGGAAGGACCUUGACAACUCCUGUGGAACUUAUUAAAUGCUUGAAAUCGAUUAAAGAACAUGCAUUUUCUGAAUCUCCAUACCCUGUCAUCAUAACCCUUGAAGACCACCUUACCCCGAAUCUCCAAGCUAAAGUAGCACAGAUGCUCAUUGAGACAUUUGAGGAUAUGUUGUUCUACCCUGAAUCGGAAUUUGUGAAAGAGUUUCCAUCACCGGAACAACUCAAGUACCGAAUUAUUAUUUCUACGAAACCUCCUCUGGAGUACCGUAAGGCUCAAACUGCAAACAGAAAGGGAGAUGACUUACAUAAGAGUGAGGAAGAAGACUUAUGGGGGAAGGAACCAUUAGAGCUUAAUACAGAUGAACAUGAAGAAGAUGAUGAUACGAGUGAUAGUGAUUCAAGUGAGGAUAACAAUGGCGGCAAUAUUGGUGGAUUGUCCUCGCCAGGAGCACACGAAUACAAACAUCUAAUCGCUAUCCAUGCCAGAAAACCAAAGGGUGGUUUAAAGGAGGUACUAAAAAUUGAGCUUAACAAAGUUAGACGCCUUAGCUUGAGUGAACAAGCACUUGAAAAGGCUGCUGAAUCUUAUGGAACGGAUAUUGUUAGAUUUACUCAGAAGAACAUUUUAAGGGUUUAUCCAAAAGGUACUCGGUUUAACUCCUCCAACUACAAGCCGCUUAUUGGUUGGAUGCAUGGCGCUCAAAUGGUUGCAUUCAACAUGCAGGGAUAUGGUAGAUCUCUUUGGCUGAUGCAAGGGAUGUUUAGAGCCAAUGGGGGCUGUGGUUAUGUAAAAAAGCCGGAUUUUGUUAUGAAGAAUUUAGAUAAUCAGGUUUUUGAUCCUAAGGCAAACUUGCCGGUAAAGAAGACUUUAAAGGUGAAAGUGUAUAUGGGAGAUGGAUGGCAUUUGGAUUUCAAACACACACACUUUGAUUUAUAUUCCCCUCCUGAUUUCUACACUAGGGUUGGCAUAGCAGGAGUGCCUGCAGAUGAAAUAAUGAAACGAACCCAGAAAAAAGAGGACAUUUGGACACCUUCAUGGGAGGAAGAGUUUACAUUUCAACUGACAGUUCCUGAGUUGGCUUUGCUUCGAGUUGAGGUUCAUGAGCAUGACCUUUCUGAGAAGGAUGACUUUGGUGGCCAAACUUGUUUCCCAAUCUCUGAAUUGGAACAAGGGAUUCGUGCAGUCCCUCUCUUUGACCGUAAAGGAAACAAAUACAACUCAAUAAGGCUUCUAAUGCGAUUUCAGUUCAUCUGAGAGCGUUUGGUUCUCCUCAUUCCAAUGGCAAAAUCAAUUUUUGUUUCCAUAUAGUCCUAUCACUAUGAAUGUGAUCCAAUAGAGCUAGAAUUGUAAAGUUACGGGAGCCAAAAUAUGAAUAUCAGUUUGAAAAAUACAUACAUAUUCGAGCUUCCUCUCACCAUUUAUCCAAAACUACAUAUGUAAAUAUAUAAAGUAAUUUAAAAAUUUUGGGGCAAGGCCAUCUUUCACCUUAAAUGGCUCCGCCGCUAGUUAGGUCAGUUGAUUAAAGGAGCCGUCUUAUGCUCAAGUUCACCCCUCCUGUACGCACAUAGUGUCAAAAAAAAAUGAUCCUAUC